AUGUACUACCACAGACAGGACAUCUUAUUAGUACUACCCCAGACGGGACAUCUUAUUGGUCCCCCACAGGGACUACCACAGACAGGACAUCUUAUUGGCCCCCGACAGGUACUACACCAGACGGGACAUCUUAUUUGUCCCCCACAGGUACUACCACAGACAGGACCUCUUAUUGGUCCCCCACAGGUACUACCACAAACGGGACAUCUUAUUGGUCCCCAACAGGAACUACCACAGACGGGACAUCUUAUUGGCCCCCAACAGGCACUACCACAGGCAGGACAUCUUAUUGGGCCCCAACAGGUACUACCACAGACGGGACAACUUAUUGGUCCCCCACAGGUACUACCACAGACAGGACCUCUUAUUGGUCCCCCACAGGUACUACCACAGACAGGACAUCUUAUUAAUCCCCCACAGGUACUACCACAGGCAGGACAUCUGAUUGGUCCCCAACAGGUACUACCACAGGCGGGACAUCUUAUUGGUCCCCCACAGGGACUACCACAGGCAGGACAUCUUAUUGGGCCCCAACAGGUACUACCACAGACGGGACAACUUAUUGGUCCCCCACAGGUACUACCACAAACGGGACAUCUUAUUGGUCCCCAACAGGUACUUCCACAGACGGGACAUCUGAUUAGUCCUCCGCAGGUACUACCACAGACAGGACAUCUUAUUAGUCCCCCACAGGUACUACCACAGGCAGGACAUCUUAUUGGUCCCCCACAGGUACUACCACAGACAGGACAUCUGAUUAGUCCCCCACUGAUACUACCAGACGGCACAAUAUAUUUACACUCUGUAUGUCAGUCAGUCUGUCAAUUUGUUCCCAGAAUAUCUUGUAUACUCUUUCAACUACAAUUGCCAAAUUAUGCAUCACAUGUUAAACCCGGGUCUUGUGCCUCCCAGUUUUACAAAGUUAUGGCUGUUAGUUCACAGUACAUCUUUUUGUCUGGGGCAUACAUAUAUGAUAAACUCAGUCACCUACCAUUGCAAAACCUGUAUGUAAAUACCUCUUGGAUUGGUGGAGCUUCACUUACUAAGAUAAAGUUUUGUUCCCCACUAUACAGAGUUAUGGCCUGUUUUUGAUGCCUACUUUAGCCCGAAGAUGGGGGACUAAGGAUUGUUCACAUGACUCUGUCUUUUGAUAGGGCUUUGAUCACACUUUGAUCACAAUUUGAUCACACUAUCAUAUGCAUACAAAUACAAGGUAUAACAUGUUUUCAAUGUAUCAUUGAUAAUGUAUAAGCUCUAUACAAUGUGUUGUAUUAUAUCUACAAUGUAUCGGCUCUAUACAAUGUGUUGUAUUAUAUCUACAAUGUAUCAUCUCUAUACAGUGUGUUGUAUUAUAUCUACAAUGUAUAAGCUCUAUACAAUGUGUUGUAUUAUAGCUACAAUGUAUAAGCUCUAUACAAUGUGUUCGUCUAAACAGCGUAUUAUUCAACAGAUCUGUAGAAUGUGGUGAAGAAGUUUAGUGAUGACAGAUUUAUGCAAUGACUGUAUAAAAUAUCUACUACAUCUACAGUACUAUCCCACCCUGGUAUACAGACCAGUACUCAGAAACCCUGUUCAUGUGGAACCGUAUCAAUACAAGUAGACUGGCUAGAACAGGGACAUAUUAUAAUUAUCCACCAUUGAGACUGUUAGCUAGUCUCUGUUACUAGUGCUGGUAGAAUUUUCUGUUUUAUUGUUGUGGAGUCUAAACAAAGAAAUAUUGGAAUUGUUAAUUUUAAUUACAUAUAUACCUAAUAAAGAAUCAAUUAAACCGUUUUCAUCAUUAAGUCAAAUAUAUUGCUACAUAAUCAUUUACAGAUUUUUUUAUUUUUUUUUUAAUUAUUAUGUUGCUGCUGAAUGUUUGGUUUUGUAGGUAUCAAGUUGAAUAUGUUGUGUAGCCAUACAAAAAUAUAAAAAUAUAAAAAUAUAAAAUGCCGCUUUCUUUUAAUUUAUAGAAGAAAAGUGUUUAUGUGACCUACUUAGGCAAUUCACGUAUCCUGCCACAAUGAUGAAGCAGUCAUUGCAUCUGUUGUCUUUCAAACCACGCUUAAUUAACAUAAUAUGCUGAGACAGGAAAACUCCACUUGUAUGUUUAAUUCACACGAGUGGUGAGGUUCAAUGAUCUCCUGAAAACAAAUGUCAGUUUAUCAGUGUGAACAUUAAAACCGACAUCAAACUCCGACGACCAAAUUCACUGUUGGGUGAAACUGGUUCAGGAGUAUGAGGAUCAGAAACUUGUUUAAGGAGUAUGAGAUCAGAAAUUAUUUAAGGAGUAUGAGAUCAGAAACUUAUUUAAGGAGUAUGAGGAUCAGAAACUUGUUUAAGGAGUAUGAGAUCAGAAACUUGUUUAAGGAGUAUGAGAUCAGAAACUUGUUUAAGGAGUAUGAGAUCAGAAACUUAUUUAAGGAGUAUGAGGAUCAGAAAACUUGUUUAAGGGUAUGAGAAUCAGAAACUUGUUUAGGGAGUAUGAGGAUCAGAAUCUUGUUUAAGGUGUAUGAGGAUCAGAAACUUAUUUAAGGAGUAUGAGUAUCAUAAACUUAUUUAAUGAGUAUGAGGAUAAGAAACUUGUUAACUUGUUUGAUGAGUAUGAGGAUCUGAAACUUGUUUAAGGGGUAUGAGGAUCAGAAUCU